AUGGCCACCACAAUCAGCAACAUAUUUACCCCCGCAGUCACCUAUCCGACCUUUGCCACCCUACUUGCCGCGGCAGGCGUGCUCGGAGGCGCCUACACAAUCGUUGAUCCGCACGGCGGCGCCCGCGGGUUCGGCUUGCUCCCCACCAAAUCCGCACAACCUAAAUUGUCCCCAUUCGAAACAGCCUACUCUCGCAUCCAUGGCAUCCGCAAUCUCGGCGCCGGACUCGGCAACUUCGCCCUGCUGGGCUACUGGGCAACGACGAACAGUUCAGUAGCGAAGGCGGUGGUGAGGAGGUGUCUGGGUCUAGGCUUGGUGUGCGGCACAGUUGUGGGCCUCGGGGAUGCCAUGAUCUUGAGGAGUUACGCGCGAGAAUUGGAGGCUAGUGCCAAAGGUGACGAGGGCGAUGAGAAGGUGGUGAAGGAGGCGAGAGAACUGGCAGCAGGGAAGAGCAUUGGGCAUGCAAUCACGGCCGUCGUCAUCCUGGCAGUCGGGCUUGACCUGAUUUUAGGAUGA